AUGGGUUCAACUUCAAGGCCUUCCUUCUCAAACCAAAAGCCUACCUUCAUCCCUCUCUUCCUUCUCCUCCUUUGUCUCACCCUUACGCUUCUAAUCCACACCACCACCUACGAUCUCCACCCCGAUGACCGCCCUAUCACCUCCACCACCCUCCGUUUCGUACCCAUGAAACCACCACGGCCACGUUGGUACGACAAACUCCAAUCCCUAAUGAACAACCAUUCAAGAAAGCUACACCUCGGCCUGGUUAACGUUCAAUCCGACGAGAUACGAGUUGAUGGGUCGGCUGAUUUGACAGAAAUAACGUUUGAAAAAGUGGGCAGAGAUACGAAAUGGAAAGACUUGUUCCCGGAGUGGGUGGAUGAGGACCAUAAGUGGGGGCCGAUGAAGUGCCCGGAAAUCCCGAUGGGUCGGUGGUCUGGGGCGGUGGAUGUGGUGGUGGCUAAGGUCCCGGAGGGUGGUCGAGAAGUGGGUAGGUUGCAGGUGAACUUGGUGGUGGCUAAUGUGUUGGUGAAUGAUGGGUGGGAAGAUGGUGGGGAAGUUUAUGUGGUGUUUAUUGGAAGGUCAGGGCCAAUGUGGGAGAUAUUUAGGUGUGAUGAUAUGGUGUGGGAAGAAGGGGAGUAUAAGAUAUAUAAACCAGAUUUGAAGAAACUCAUGGAGAAGGUGAAUAUGCCUGUUGGCUCUUGCAUCAUUAAUCCAUCACCAUCUUUGCAACCAGCUGGUACAACUGAUGCUCGAUCGACAUCGAUUGCAUACAAACCAAGAGAGGCGUACGUGACCGUCUUGCACUCCUCCGAAACAUACGUUUGUGGCGCAAUCGCUUUGGCCCAAAGCAUCCUUCAAACAAACACAACCAAGGAUCUAAUCUUGCUUGCUGAUGACUCGAUAUCCGACAAAGCCCUUGGAGGACUUAAGACAGCCGGAUGGAAGAUCAAGCUUAUUGAACGUAUACGAAGCCCACAUGCAAGAAAAGGCGCAUAUAACGAGUAUAACUACAGCAAACUUCGGAUAUGGCAGCUCAUCGAGUAUGACAAAGUUAUGUUCAUAGACGCAGAUCUAAUCGUGUUAAAGAAUCUAGACGAGUUCUUUAGUUAUCCCCAGAUUUCGGCUGCUGGCAACAAUAAAUAUCUAUUCAAUUCUGGUGUGAUUUUGGUGGAACCAUCACUGUGCAUGUUCAAUGGGUUGAUGGAAAAGAUAAACACUUUGGGAUCAUAUAAUGGUGGUGAUCAGGGUUUUCUGAACGAAGCUUUUACAUGGUGGCAUCGGUUUCAUUCGAAGAUAAACCAUCUCAAGAUUUUCCAAGAUAAGAGUAAUAACCCUAGACAUGAAAUCGCAGGAGAUUUGCACACAAUUCAUUAUCUGGGGUUGAAGCCAUGGAUGUGUUAUAAAGACUAUGAUUGUAACUGGGAUAGGGGUGACCAUCGACAUUUUGCUAGUGAUUUAGCUCAUGAGAAAUGGUGGAAAGUUUAUCAGGGAAUGCCGAAUAAACUGAGGCCGUUCUGCGGGUUGACGAAACAAAUGGAUAGUCGGAUAAGAAAGUGGAGAGGGAUAGCCAAGAGAGCAGGGUUUCCAGAUGAGCAUUGGAAGAUAAAGGUGAAAGAUACGAGACAGAUAUCGCAUGGGAUCAUGUUAUAGCAACAUCUAAAAGAUGGAUGAAAGAUACAG